UCUUUGGUUAUCACUUUGUUUAUAACCUACUAACGUCAAUUUUUUCGUACACAAAACAAAACACCCACUUGUUACACCUUUCUUUGUCAUAAUUCUCAGGAAGAAAUGGUUUUUACAUUUUUGAACAGACAACAAUAUGUGUACGAAUAUUAGUAAAUAAUUAAUUCUGCUGAAAUUGUUUUCAGUUAAUGAUGCUUUAGCAUUUUUAAUGAAAUUAGGAAAAGAAAUUGAAAAUUUGGUUUGUUCAACAUGUUAGCACCAGAAACUGGCUCUGCGAAUUACGCUUCUUCCGAAGCUGGCACUAAUUCAAAAUCUUUCAUGAGAAAAAUAUCCGGAAUUCUUAGUGCUUCAAGUUCAGAAAGAUAUUCAACUGAUGGAGGACCAACUUACGUUGAGUUCAGCUCAUUCAAUGAACCAUCUGAUACCCGAACUCUUGGAACAUUUGCUGGAGUUUUCAGUCCAGUGACUUUAUCCAUGUUUUCUGCCCUUAUAUUUCUACGAAUGGGGUACAUCGUCGGAAAUGCUGGUUUAAUAGUAACAUUGCUUCAAUUUGCGAUAGCUUACCUUAUUUUGGUAUCCACAGUUGCAUCAGUAUGUGCUAUAUCCACAAAUGGUGCUGUGGAAGGAGGAGGGGCAUAUUUUAUGAUAAGUAGAACUCUAGGACCAGAGUUUGGUGGGUCAAUAGGAACUCUAUUUUUCUUUGCAAACAUUGUAAGCAGUGCACUAUGCAUAUCAGGUUGUAUAGAAGGUUUAGUUGAAAAUUUUGGACCUUCUGGGUAUCUACUGAAAGGUAUUAUUCCAGAUGGAGUAUGGUGGAAAUUUUUAUAUUGUUCCGGUUUAAAUACAUUAAAUCUUUUGGUGUGCCUUAUUGGUGCUGGAAUGUUUGCUAAAACUACCGUUUUUAUCCUUGCUAUAGUUUGUGGCUGUUUAGGAAUCACCGUUUUCAGUUUUUUCUAUCAAGGAUUCAUGAUGGUUGAUAUACCAGAAUCAAAUGAACUGGUUAGCAACAUUACACGUCAAGCAAAUUAUACAGGGUUGAACAUACAAACGUUGUCUGAUAAUCUGUAUCCUCAGUAUGGAAAAGAUUAUACCUCUCAUGGGGAUAUAGUGACUUUUGCUACAGUUUUUGGUGUUUUGUUCUCAGGUGUUACUGGAAUUAUGGCAGGAGCCAAUAUGAGUGGUGAAUUAAAAUCCCCCAGCAAAUCGAUACCAUUUGGCACACUAUCAGGUGUUGCAUUCACCUUCAUCGUAUAUUUGUUAAUUUCAUUUUUAACAGCAGGAACUUGCAGCACAUUUCUUAUGCAGAAUAAUUACCUCUUUAUGGCAGGUGUGAGUAUCAUACCAAGUUCUGUUGCCAUUGGCCUUCUGACUGCUACUUGGUCCGCAAGUUUGAGCAACGUCAUUGGUGGUUCUCGUGUUCUUGAAGCUUUGUGCAAAGAUGAUGUUUAUGGCGCUUUGCUCUCAUUUAUACCUAAGGGUACCUGGAGGGGUAAUCCGAUUGCAGCAGUACUCGUUUCGUGGCUAUUAGUGCAACAAGUUCUUUUAAUAGGAUCUUUGAAUGUAAUUGCACAAUUGAACUCGGUUUUAUUUUUACUCAGCUACCUAGCCACUAAUCUGGCCUGUCUAGGCUUGGAAGUAGCAAGUGCCCCAAACUUCAGACCUUCUUUUAUUUAUUUUACAUGGCACACUGCUUUUAUCGGACUAAUGGGAACCCUUAUAAUGAUGUUUGUCAUCAAUCCACUUUAUGCUAUGUUAAGUAUCUCCUUGUGUACGCUCUUGGUUAUGCUGUUACAUUUGUUCUCUCCAUCUAAGGAAGCUCAGUGGGGAAGUAUUUCUCAAGCACUUAUAUUCCACCAGGUUAGAAAAUAUCUGUUAUUGCUCGAUUCGAGAAAAAACCAUGUCAAAUUCUGGAGACCCCAGAUUCUUCUCUUGGUGAACAAUCCAAGAACUUCUUGUCCGCUCAUCGAUUUCGUGAAUGUUUUGAAAAAGGGUGGACUAUAUGUUUUGGGUCAUGUGAUUAGAGGUGAUCCAAAUGCUGCAGGUUCUGAUCCAACGCUAGAAUCCAACUCGCAUUGGUUGAAUCUGAUCGAUCAUUUGAAAGUGAAGGCAUUCGUUGAGUUGACGGUUGCGAAUACAAUCAGAGAGGGAUCUAAACAUUUGAUGAGAAUAUCAGGAAUGGGAGCUAUGAAGCCGAAUACUGUGAUAUUAGGAUUUUUGGGUGACGAACGUGCAGAAGAUUUCUUACGCAGUAACGAAUCCUCGUACAGAAAUUUGGAGUUCAGUAGUGAUAUAUUUCCUUUAGAAGACGAGUCCUCUCUGCAACCAGUUGAAUACAUUCAAAUCAUGAGUGAUGUGUUGAAGUUAAACAAGAACUUGUGCAUUUGUAGAAAUUUCCACAAAUUGAAAAAAGACUUGAACAAAGGUGGGGUACAAUUUAUUGAUGUUUGGCCUGUUAAUUUCCUCAAUCCAACAGAAGAUGAUGCAUUCGACAUAACUUCACUUUUCAUGAUGCAGUUAGCUUGCAUUGUGAAUAUGGUGAACAUGUGGAGUAAGCUGAAGAUGCGGAUUUGUGUUUGCGAUGAAGCUAGGCAAUCCUCAUUCAGUAUAAAUUCCAACCAGCAAAGUCACACUGAAAGAUUAUCCUCCAUGUUGAAGAAUCUGAGAAUUCAAGCAGAAAUAUGCCACGUUAACUCUUGGAAGAAUGUAAUUGAGGCUCAUUAUCAGGAUUCUGAUGAUUAUUUCAGGGGAAUCAACAAUUUGAUUUAUCAGAAGAGUGAAGACACUGCAGUUACAUUCAUUUACCUCCCAAACCCACCCUCCUCAGAUGAUGCUGCAGAAUCAUUCUUCAGAAAACUCGAAAUGAUCUCAAAUAAUUUGCCACCCACAAUUUUUGUACAUGGUGUCAGUAUGGUUACAUCUACAACCCUGUAAUUUUAGGAUUAAUUUUUAGAUUUUAACUCGAGCAAUUUUAUCUAUAUCAUUAUAUUUUUGUACAAGACAAAAAUAACCUAUAUCUCUUUUACUUCGAAACUAUUUGAUAAAAAACUUUUUUAUCAAAUUCAUUCAGAAGAAUUCAUUCAUGAGUUUAAAUGAAAUAUAUUUUUUUACACACUUUA